AUGGGAUACUAUAAAAUGGCUCUCCAAGUUUGGGAGAGAGAGAUUAUACGAAAGACCUUCCGAAAAAUUACUACGGCUGCACUUUGUUACGUCGAUCGUGCACUUGCGGUCGGUACUCACGAAACCGGAGACUAUGACAUCGAGUUUGAAACGUACAAUGGUGUUGUCGAGGUCUUCAAAACACUUUCUACCGUCUGUCGUUAUCCACUUUACCGGGAAUUGUUUCUAAAACCGCUACUCCAUCAAACUUACCGGUACUACGUUGAUUGGUCAUCUAACUUCUUGAAAGACGGCGAGUUCUCGGAUUACUUGGAACAGGUGAAACUUCAUUUUCUUGAGGAGGAGAGUUUCUGCGGCGAGAAAGAUCCUUGUUUUGAUCUCUGCACCCUGGUACCGCUUUGUAUGGUCUGCGCUGAUGCUCUUGUCAUGAGACAUAUUGAUCGAUUCUAUUCCGAGUUUGUGACACUCCUCAAUGAUCUGCAAAUAGAGAAAUUGCUGAUUAUUUAUGACUUAUGCAAUCGUAUUCCAUCAACCGUUGAUAAGUUGAAAGAACUGCUAGGAAAGUACUUUGGACGUGUUGGACUUAAAACUAUCAAUCAAAUUGCUGAUAAGGCCGAAAAAAGUCCUAAGCUAUUUGUUGGUACAAUAGUCCAGCUUCACGAUAACUUUAGCAAAUUAGUAAAGGACUCCUUUCGGACAAAUAACGAAUUUAUGACAACAAUGGAGGUAUCAUUCACUGAAUUUGUUGCCGAGAAUAACAUAACAAAUGGAGGAAAAACGGAGGCAAAAUCCUCUCGUUUGAUUGCCAGCUACUAUGAUCAACUAUUAAGGAAAGGUAUUGCAGCAGAGGAAAGGUUGUCUGGACUGGAAAAAGCUAUGAUUGCCUUUAAAUAUAUCCGAGACAAGGACACGUUCAAUGACCAUUAUCAAAAACUUCUCUGCAAACGUCUAAUAUACCAUCUAAGCGUUGGCAUCGAAACAGAAAAGGAAAUAGUGUCUAAAUUACGGGAGAAAUUCCAAUGUCCAAGAGUCUUUGAAUCAAUGCUCAACGAAACACUCAAGAGCGAGAUCGAGAUGAAAGACUUCAGAAAAGAGGACAACAACUCUCUUCCAGUUCUAGACUUCUCUAUUAUCUUGCUUACCGAAAAAGUUUGGCCUUUUCCCAGCACUUCUAAUUUUUCCUUGCCUACUCAACUUAACGAUUAUGUCAAUGCCUUCAGUGUCUUCUACAAAAAGAAAUAUAAAGAUAAGCGCAAACUCAGUUGGAUUUACCAAGUCUCGCGUGGAGAAUUAUCUUCGUUAGAUGGAACAUUCGACAAGAAAUAUGUUUUUUUGUGUACAACACAGCAAAUUGCCAUUCUGAUGCUUUAUAACAAAUACGACUCUUGUAAACUUGACAAAAUUGCCGCUGAAAUUAAACUACCAAAUAACCAAAUAAUGUCACUGCUGCAAGUCUUAUGCAAAACUAAUUUGUUGAUCGAAAAGGAUUCGGGCAAAUUUUGCCUUGAUAAUGAGUUUAAAAGUGAAAAUACAAUAAUAGACUUGAUUCGUGCAGUGGCUACUACUAACACAGGAACUCAAAGAAAGGGAGGAGAAGUGCAAAAACUCAAAAGGGACGUAUUUCGGGAGUCUGUCCUCGAAACGGUUAUUGUUCGGAUAAUGAAGGCCCGUAAGAAACUCAAACACGGCGAUUUAGUUUCUGAAGUUACGAGCCAGUUAAAUAGUCGAUUUGCUGUGAAAGCUCGGAUGAUCAAGAGUUCAAUUGAACAACUUAUCAAGGAGGAUUAUUUGAAGCGUAGCGACAAUGAUAAUAACCUCUAUGAGUAUGUCGAAGCAGUACCGGAAGACGAAGAAUAA